AUCAAUCAACGUCAACCAUAUCACGCAUUUUAUUCCUUUCUCCAUCCGUACAACAAAAUUAACAAGUACCAUUGCAAUAAAAAACUAUUUAAUUGGUUAAAAUGCCUUUAGUCAAAUACGUGAUGAACAAGGCAAGUAAAGGAUCACGUGUAAUAAAAUUACCGAGGGUUUACUUCGAUAUUAACGCUGAUGGUAAAAAUUUAGGACGAAUAGUUUUCGAGCUUCGAUCGGACGUUACGCCAAAAACGGCCGAAAAUUUUCGUGCUUUGUGUACCGGAGAGAAAGGGUUCGGAUACCAAGGUUCAAAAUUUCAUCGGGUCAUUCCAAAUUUUAUGUGUCAAGGGGGCGAUAUCACUCAUUUCGAUGGUACCGGCGGCAGAAGUAUUUAUGGCAAACAUUUCGUCGAUGAAAAUUUCUAUUUAAAACACGCUGGCGAAGGAACUUUAUCUAUGGCAAAUGCUGGACCACACACCAACAGCUCGCAAUUUUUUAUCACCAUCGCCGCAACUAAUUGGUUAGAUAAUAAACAUGUUGUUUUUGGAAAAGUCAUCGACGGACUGCACGUGCUUAAUAGAAUUGAAAAAUUUGGAUUAUCUAACGGCAUACCAUCAAAACAAAUCAUUAUUGCUAAAUGUGGCCAAAUACAAUAGCGUUUCUAAGUCGUAUAUUCGAAAAUUUACGUUAUUAUAUUUAAUAUAAAAUGUGCAAGAUAAAGAAUUGUUUCUUAUACAUUUAAUUUAAAGCUUAAAUGUAUCUGCAAACACUUUAUGGGAACUAGAGUGUUGUAGACACAUGGAAGUUAUUGUGUUACUGUUAAAAGCGCAAUACAUCAAAUGAUAUUAACAAGUUGAUAUAACAAGUUAGCUAACUGGGAAAAUAAAUUAAUAGGCUGUAAAAUGCCAAAUGUGAAUCUUUUAAUGUAAUAUCUCCUGCUGCCAAAAACUUGGCAGACUUUAAAGAUAAAAUAAUGCAUUAAAUCUUUACACCGCAAAAUAGAAGAUUCAAGAUGUAAUGAUGUUACUAACACGUUGGGUGGUUUUAGAAGGCAGAAUGGAAGUCUGAUUGCACAAUAGCCCAUGCUGACGACAAAUUGGGAUGCUCUAGAAUACUGAAGGAUGCCUCAAGAUGUAUCAAUUGAUAAACAUAUCCUUUAAAUGGAUUUAAAUAAUUUCCUACGGGGUAAAAAUUAUUAUAAAAAAGAUACUUUAAGUUUUAAUAAAAUAGAUACGAUUC